AUCGACCAAAUCAAAUCAAAUCGAAGAAAGCAAGAUGUUAUCAACUUCAACUUCUCAUCAUCAUCAUCUCAUCAAUUCUAUCAAACAGAACCUCAACAUCAAACCCCAAUCACUCUACAAACGUUUCUCAACCCAUUCAAUCACCUCCUCAUCCUCAACUUCCUCAUCAUCAAGCCUACCAAAAGACGGUUUAACAUUCCAAGACUUUGUAAAACUAAAUCCAAACCCAAUCCCAUCAACUUCGAUUCCUAAAGUACAUCAAAGAUUACCUAGUUUUUUAAAAACCGAAAUCCCAAGUUCACCUUCAUAUAAUAAAAUCAAAUCAGAUUUAAGAGGUUUAGGAUUACAUACAGUUUGUGAAGAAGCUAGGUGUCCUAAUAUUGGUCAAUGUUGGGGUGGAGACAAAGGUGAAGCUACUGCUACAAUCAUGUUAAUGGGUGAUACUUGUACUAGAGCUUGUAGAUUCUGUGCUAUUAAAACUUCUAAUCGACCUCCUCCACUUGAUCCGAACGAACCUGAAAACACAGCUGAAGCGAUCAGUAAAUGGGGAGUAGGUUAUAUUGUCAUGACAAGUGUAGAUAGAGAUGAUUUACCUGAUGGUGGAGCUCAUCAUAUUGCAGAAACCAUCCAAAGAGUCAAAUCAAAAGCGCCACAAAUCUUACUAGAAGCUCUAACGCCCGACUUUGCCGGUCCAAACCAAUUAACAUCUACUACUUUAAUUGCUAAUUCAGGUUUAGAUGUCUUUGCACAUAAUUUAGAAACGGUUGAAAGAUUGACUCCUUCAGUAAGAGAUCGUAGAGCAAACUUUCAACAAUCUUUAAAGACUUUAAGCUUUGCUAAACAGUUUGGUCCUAAUGGAUUGAUCACUAAGACUAGUUUGAUGUUAGGAUUAGGAGAAGAAGAUGAAGAGAUACUUGAAACUCUUAGAGAAUUAAGAAAGAUUGAUGUAGAUGUCGUGACAUUUGGUCAAUAUAUGAGACCAACCAAACGACAUAUGAAAGUUACUGAAUAUAUUACACCUGAUCGAUUUGAGAAAUGGAAGCAGAUUGCAGAAGAGAUGGGAUUCUUAUAUGUGGCUAGUGGACCAUUGGUUAGAAGUAGUUUUAAAGCUAAUGAAUUACUUAAGAGUUCAUUAGGUGAACGUUUAUUGAAGAAUCAAGCUUUCUAACCAUUGGGGGGUUCUCUUUGAUUUAGAUUUUCUUGUGGGUAUUGAUUUUUUUUGUAUAGGGUUUUGUUUUUUGGUUGAAAGAAUUUAAAUAUUAUUUUACAAUAUAUAUCAUUUAUUUGCCGUUUUUUUAUAUUCAUUUUGUCUUCCUCAUCAAGAUAUCAGAAUGCAAAUCAUUUUUAUCAUUGAAUGGAAUACACAAGAAGUUUGUUUUUACAAAUGAGUUUCUCUAAUAAAUGAUUCAUUUUUUUGAAUUAUAAUUUUUGAUAUGGUACUUGUAAUGAUUGACGGUUUUGAAUGAAGUCUAAUCGUUUUUGAUCUAAUUUUUCUUCACUCAUUCUAUUUAAUCCAAAACCAAAGAAAAUUAG